GCCCUCAACUGAAGUUUUUUGUUGACAGAAUUGAAUUGUGUGAAUUGUUAGCAUUUAGUCUACCACGUAUUCCAAUCGUCCAUUGAACGCUGACGUGUUUUGACCCGAUUUACCGAUUUCUAUUUGCAAUUUCAAUUGAAAAAUAUUCUUUAAUCUGAAAAAUAAUUACCGCAACGAAAAUGGGUCUCGCCGAGAUGUUCCCUACGCAUAUGGACUUUGAAGGACAAGGCCGUGCCGAAAAACUGUCCCGAGUGAUAAUUACAUUGUUUGGUAUCGUUGGCCUCGUCUGGGGUGGAAUUGUACAGCAAUUUUCGCAAACCAUUCUCAUUUUAGCAGCCGGAUUUUUGCUUACUCUUAUCGUCGCGGUUCCUCCAUGGCCAAUCUACCGUCGCAAACCGUUGAAUUGGCAAAAACCAAAGAAUAUUGAUGGAGACGAUUCGAAGAAAAAGAAAAAAUAAAUGGUUAUAGAUACA